AUGACUCCCGAGACAGCGGAACCGAUUCUGAAACUUGCGCUGAAUUAUACAGAGAACGGUGAGGAAUUGGUGGCAGCUGAUCUGCAUUCUUUGGCGACGAUUUUCGAGAAUUGUGCUAAGAUGAAAGGGUCUAAUCCAAAGCUUCUCCACUUGAUCUUUACCAAUAUCAAUGGAAUGCUCGAUGCCCGGGAACAAGAGUAUUUAGAGAACUUGGAGACUAUGGGAAAAGAGGAACAAGCAGCGGCUAGGGUUCUAAACUCAAUGCACAAACUCGUGACCCAUGUACAGGGUGACAUUGAGUAUAAUGCUGGGACAAAUGUGGGGCUGGCGAGUAAAUAUUUGGUUGACAAGGAAUGCAAUUCGAUUGGGAUUACGACUUUGGAUCGCCGAUUCAAAAGUGGUGGCGAUGUGGAGAAUCUGAAAGGGGAAUCGUCAAUCAUUCUGCCAGCAAGUUUCGUGUGUGGUAGUGAAGGAACCCACGCUGUUGUCACGAUUUUCAAAAACCGAAAACUUUUCGUUGGGCAAGGAUACAAUACGAUUAAACAACGAUUGGAUGAUCCAUUGCCUGAUGAAGAUGAUGAUGAGGAUGACGACGAUGAUGGAAAUAAAACCGGGACAAGUCUACCCUUUUCACAACCACCACCACCCAAACCGUGUGUGAGACAAGGCUUUCUGCAGGAUCGAGGCAAUGUUUUCACAGCUACAAUGAUGAACGCGAAUAAUCCCGACAACGUGACUUUCAUUACAAGAGCUUCAUCAACGGCUUCUUCAAAAGUGACUGCAAAAAUCGUUAUCGAUACUUCACAAUUCACACGAGCUUUACAUGGAAAAUAUAAAGUUUCUUGGUGGGAUACGAGAAAUUUGAGAUGGGCUGAUGAUGGAUGUAGAGUGGUUGAGGGAAAAAAGGGAAUGCUCACCGCUGAAUGCGAGCAUUUGACCGAUUUUACGCUGUUGAUCGACGGUCGCUUAAACGAUCCAGCUGUUUGUGAUAUAUUCUUAAUCAUUUUCGGCAACAUCAUCAACAUUUCCUCAAUUCUUUGUCUCUUUGUCAUGCUCAUUGUAACUGGAUUGGGA